AUGGCUCCGAUCGAACGAGCAACUCUUCGCCUCAUCGUCUACUACGAGUUCCUCCAAGGACGCUCUGCGAGAGCCGCCGCGGAUAACAUCUGCGCUGCAUUCAAGGGCAACGUCGUCCACUAUUCCACGGAUCUUCAAGACGAGUAUGGAAAUGGUCCUUAUUCAGAAAGGGCAACAAUUACAGUCCAGGUGGUGGACGUCCAAGAUACCCCUCCGCGGUUCUUCUUUUUCGAUUCCUACGUCAACAUUGAAGAAGACUACGGCAGCAACACUACCGAUGAGGUGGUAGCGCGAUUCUCGGCAAGUGACGGUGACAUUACACCGGAAAUCGCGCGCACUAUCUCCUACUCCAUCUCUGGAGGAAACGGAGAUGGAUACUUCAAGAUAGACCCGCCUACAGAUGGUAGUGACACCGCAAAGCUGAGGAGGGCAAAGACAAUCGACUCCGAAGCUCCCAACACCACCUUCAUCACUCUCAAUAUCACGGCGACAGAAUUAUUCGAAAAUGGCACGGAAACAGAUCAGUCCACAUCGCAGACCUGCGUGGUAUCUGUCGCUGACAUCGACGACAACGACCCGAUGUUCAACUUUGAUCAUUUCACGAGUGAGGUGGAUGAGGACAUCUCCUAUGGGGUUCCCCUUUCUUUCAAGUCACCUGGCGGAGAAGAAACAUUCAUCAAUGUGACAGAUGCGGACGCUACUAUGCAAAAUCGUCAAUUCCAAUUGAAGAUUGUGGAUAUUGGAGGAGGUCCACCAGCAUCACAGGCAUUUCGAUUAUCUCCUUCCGGCAUGGUUCCUGGUGAAACGAUAGUGACCCUUACCGUAAACGAUCCUAGCCUCCUCGACUACGAGAUUGAGGAGUAUGAAGAAUACAUUAUCCCGAUUGCAGUUGAGGACGUCAAUGGUGUAGCGAAAAACACGGCCACAGUAACAGUGAAAGUGAAACCAAAGAACGACAAUUUUCCCCAGUGGAGUGAUCCGCCUUAUGAAGGGGACACCGUCGUAAAUGAGAACGCACCAAGUGGAACUGAAAUCCUCACGCUGAAAGCCACGGAUGCCGACAGAGAGAAUGGGGGCACUCUGUGGUAUUACUUGUCUGAUCGUUCAUUCACCGGCAAGGAGUUGUUCAGCGUAGAUUUGGAAACUGGGAAAUUGUCCGUGGCAAAUGCUGCUAAUGUGGACUGGGAGACAUUUGGAAGCAAUCUCAUCAUCUACGUCGUUGCUUCAGAUGAAGCUGAUGGCCAACUAGGGAGUCAUCGAAACGAGACCAGCAUUAGCAUCACCAUUUUGGACGUCAAUGACAAUCCCCCGGUAUUCUCUAUCCAAGAAAUAUCCGGAACCGAGAAUACCAAAGAGAACGGAACUCUGUCGGGGUUAUUGACGGUGAACGAUGUUGACCAACCGGGGACGAACAACACUGCCAUGGAUUUCGAAAUCAAGAGUAUAAUAUGUCAAAGUAAUUGCGUAAAUCCAGGAGCCUCAAUGGAUCUGGUUAAAUUAGAAAUUGAACCAACAAAUGAGACGACCACCUCGAAAUACAACAUCAAGUUCGUAGCUAACAUGGACUUUACUAGACAACGUGGCCGAUGGACGAUCGAAAUCCUGGCAACGGACAAGGGAGACCCACCUCUUAGCACCACUCAGAUUUGCUACCUCAAUAUCGAAGAUGUGAAUGACGAAGGACCGAAUAUCACAAAGCCGGAGAUGGAUGGAUACACCUUCAAUGUGAUCGAGAGUCUGGAGGUGGGUUCGCCCAUCAUCGACAGCAACACUGGCCAAGAGUUCUACAUUGAGGCCACGGACAACGACUUGGGAGAAAAUGCUGCUAUAGAAUUCAUCAUCCUCGAUGACAUAGAGUAUCAGUACUAUGAGCUAGUAGAUCGGGGAUAUGGGAAAACUUCCUUCAAGCUCAAGCAGAAGCUGAACAGAACUAUCAGCGCCAAUUACACGGCGAAAAUUAGAGCGCGGGAUAAAGGACAACCAUCAAUGUCCAAUGAUCGAAGUUUCACCAUAUUCAUUGAGGACGUCGACGAAGAUCCUCCUGUAUUCAAGGAAUUUGAAGGAACACAUGGAAUCAACGAAAACACAAACGGAAAUGUGGGGUCGAUACCUGAAGCCGUUGAUCCAGAUGGGAUGGAUAUCAUUGUCGCCUAUUUCAUUCAUGGUGCAAAUACGGGUGAUUUCAAAGUGAAUAACCAGACGAGGGCUCUAACCGUGGAAAAACCAGAAGGAUUUGACCGUGAGGAGACCCCCACAGUCAACGUAACCAUCUGUGCUACCUCCACCACCACCAACUCCCAUUGCUCUGGGGAGUCUCUAUAUAAAGCGAUCAUCAACUUCAUUGAUGUCAACGACGAACCGGCGUAUUUCGAAUCGAAGCAAGAUUCAUCUUCUGUGACCUCGGACAACAAUGCCAAUGAUGUCAUCAAACAAUUCCCCUUGCAUGACCCGGACCUCAAUCCGACCUAUAACUGCCGCAUCGAGGGGCCUGUCACAAAUGAUGAUACCUCGUUGAGCGGCAUUGGUGAGCCUUUCGUGGUCACGACCUCGCAAGAUCGUUCUACCUGCGAACUCAUACUGAACUUUCAACCCUCUACGUCUCACAAAGGUCAAUUCCUCUUGACUCUCAUGGUCAAUGACACUAAAGACCCCGCAAAUUUGGAUGGGGAUGGCACAAUGGAGGUAACAAUUCGUAUGAUCAGCACGACAGAUCGCAUCGAGUUCCAAUUUCAAAAUACCGUCCAGGAGGUAACCGAUAAACUCAAUCAGAUCCCAACAGUGUUCAAAAACGUAUUGGGAUACAUCUGUGUGAUAGACGGGGCGCCCAAGCCGUCCGUCGGACCUGACAGUCAAACCAUGGAAAAGCAAACGUCCAUCUUCACCCAUUUUCUCUAUGAUGAUAGCGCUAACAGUUCAAUUUCAGUUCGAGCAUCCGUCGUCCCCGGCAGCGAGAUCCUUCGCGCUCUAGAGGAUCCAGAUACGGCGAACGAGCUAAUGGUUGAGUUUCAAAAGGAGGACCUGAUCCUGUCAUCCCUGUCAAGUGACGAUGGUUCCAAACCGAAGAAUGAAUUGGAGAUAUUCGUGUGGGCCCUGGUGGGCGUAUCAGCCGUGCUCUUGGUUCUUCUCCUUGCUGCUUCCUUCGUCUACUUUGUCAAAUUCUCGCACGAGAGCAGCGGAGACUCGGUGCUGAUCGGAGUGGAAGAAGAGCCGGAGUUCAAGGGCUACACCUUCAAGCCAGAGCUGCAGGGAAGUGUAGGUCCAAAGAAGAGGAGGGCGCCGAGCCCCCCGAUGAAGAACCCCCCGCCGACGCCCCCCGAGUAUUCGGACGAUGAUAUGAGCCCCAUCGACAUGACCGGCGAGAGCAGCGGAGACUCGGUGCUGAUCGGAGUGGAAGAAGAGCCGGAGUUCAAGGGCUACACCUUCAAGCCAGAACUGCAGGGAAGUGUAGGCCCAAAGAAGAGGAGGGCGCCGAGCCCCCCGAUGAAGAACCCCCCGCCGACGCCCCCCGAGUAUUCGGACGAUGAUAUGAGCCCCAUCGACAUGACCGGGUUCGGCGAUUCAGCAGUCAAGAGCAACCCUCUCUUCGGAGCUAAUCUAUAGUGUGAUAUAUCAAUGUGAUCAAAUAUGUACAUUGCAAUAAAUACCACAUUGAUCC